GUGACCGGUGGCCCCGGAUUCCAUUCACCAAUACAAUGCUACCAUUGUGCUGAGCCUGGCUGUGUGGGCACUGGACUGUUCCUGGCAGACAUGUAGCCUGGGCUCCCUCCAUCCCCCGUGUACAUCGCUGUCUCCAGCAUACAAGGCGGAACUACGUGGCUCCAAUACAAGUGUGUCGGACAGUCCGUGCAUACAGCGGGAUGUGCCUGGGAGGGAGCCGUCCGCUGUCACCACCCGGCUCUGCCCCUCCGCCUGUCACCACCCGGCUCUGCCCCUCCGCUGUCACCACCCGCUCUGCCUCCUCCAUCCAGGAGCAUGGCCACAUCGCACUGAUCUACAUCGCACUCAUCUACCAUGAUACUGAGGAGGAUCAGCAAGAAGAACACUCUGCUGCUCCUACUUUUCUGGAUCUGCUGCUGGAUCUUUGUCACCACUUUCCUCUUCGUACACCGAACUGUCUUCUCUGAUCGCUGCACCGACCAAGAGAGCACCCAGAUCCUGGCAGGACUGUGUUAUGAUUACACUGAUGGAGCUGUGACUGGAGACCUUUGUGAAGAUCUGUGUGUGACGAAGAAGUUGAUUUAUAAACACUGUCUAUACUACCACCGAGGGAAAAAGGUCAUACAUGCAGACUGGCAAGGCAAUUCAAUCAUUUUAAAGUCCAAAAAUGAUGCCUUUUCUAAGUUCCAGGCUCCUGACUUAUCAAAUGGGCCAGAUCCUCAGAGUAUAUCAGACACUGAUUUGCUGGUGAUGAUAGCUGUGGAAAUUAAAAAUGUUCUGGGUUUGGAUUUACCAAACAAUACUAUAAUGCCCAUUUGGACAGAAAAGAAGAAGAAUCAGAACUGGAAAGUGGAGCUUGCCAGUAUGUGGUCUUUAUUUCAACAAGAAGAGUACCUGCUCUUUAACUUGUUACAAGACUUUAGUAGACAUGUCCUACAGGUCAUUGGAACCUGUGGCCACUUCUAUGCAGUUGAAUUUCUGAGUGCUGGACAGUCUUGGAAACAAAAUCUCUUCUCCUUGGAAGAAGUGAUUGGUCAGUGCAAAACAGGUGAGGAAAAGAUGAACGCUCUCCUUGAUAUUGCCAUCAGUUUCUUAGAUAUGGUCCAUCAGUUUGACACCGAGUUUUCUCAUCGGCUCCACCUUUGUGAUGUCAAACCGGAGAACUUUGCCAUUAGAAGUGAUCUUACUGUAGUUGCCAUCGAUAUGGAUAUGGCCUUUUUUGAGCCAAAAAUGCGAAACAUACUGGAACAAAAUUGUCAAUCCGAUAAGGACUGCAACUUCUUUGACUGUUUUUCAUCGUGUGACUUAAAGACAUACAUGUGUGGAGCACAAAGAGAGAAUAACAAUCUGCAAGUUAUCUGUGACAAGAUUUUUCGUCGCUGGUUCAGUGUGAGCAUCAUGGAGUCUACUGGUCCCUAUCCCCUUCAAGCUGAACUGCACAGAGCUGUGCAACAAUGCGCUCAGUCUGCAAAUGAGGAGACACUUUUUGCACAGUUAUAUCAUUUAUUCCGGUCAAGCCAAAAAAAACUACAGAGAAGAAAUAUGUGAAUUUUAUUUUUCUGGAAGUAUUUUUUGGAACUGUGAGAUGAAGGCAAUUUGAAGUUGAUGCAUUGCAUCCAUGGUUUAAUGGCACAAGGAACUACAAGAAGCCAUACAACCUAUUUUGCUACAUUUAUGAAUAUUAUUAAAAGAAAGGCAAUGCUUUACAUGUAUGUAAUGUAUUUGACAUAUUAUCUAUAAAAUAAUAAAAUAAAUAAUCCAAAAUUUGUGUAGCGCAACAAUAUAAUGUGAAUAAUAGAAUUAUAGAUAAAGUCCAUAUUACAUGGUGAAAAAAACACCAACGCCAAGGCCAAGGAUGACUAUCCUCUUUAGAUAAUCCCCUUCAUGGUCCUCCUUUUGGGUCUAGGGUUUGCAUUCUCUUCAAUAUCAAGUAUAGUCAUAUACCAUAAGGUAAGGAUCCCAUAAAACACAAAGGCAAAACCAUAGUGCUCUCAAUUUUAUAAAAUGUAUUGGACACACAAAAAGAUUAAAAACACUUACAAAAAUAGCAGACAGUAAAGCUUCUUAAUAUUAUGACAUUUCCAGCUCAUCACAUCACACUCUAAGAUGGUUGCGGUAUGACAUCACAAGCUCACCUCCUCCCUCCUAUCCGAAUUGCUCCCUGUGAUUGGGCUUCCUCAGUAAUAGUAAGAGUAUAGGCAUCUUUGGCAUAUUGUUGAGUUAUUUGAUCUUUUAUGAGGUGAACAGGAUUUUCACCUAUUGGGUGGAGGCACGUAUGACACAUGAAGAUGAUUGAAGAUAGAGGGUCACAAAUUGCACAGUGGUGUUUUGGAGUUUUCACCAUCUUAUUCACCUUAUAUUGUUGCGCUACUCUAAUUUUGGAUUAUUUGGCUUAUUAAGAAGG